AUGGAUAUUAUAAAGACGAAAUCUAAUGAUUCUGCUUCUAAUAAGGUCAAAAGGAAACGUAAUAGGAUUCCUUUGAGUUGUACAAUUUGUCGAAAGAGGAAGGUUAAAUGUGAUAAGACCCGUCCCCAUUGCAAUCAGUGUACGAAGACAGGUGUUGCACAUUUAUGCCAUUACAUGGAACAAUCAUGGGCUGAAGAGGCAGAAAAGGAAUUGUCAAAGGAGGCAGAAUUGAAACAAUUGAAGGAACGUGUGAAGUCUUUGAAAGACAUGUUAGCAGAUUUACAAUCCAAGAAUAUUUAUAGAAAUGGUAAUACUUCUGAAAAUUCUACUUCCGGUUCACCUUCUUUAACCGACUUACCAAUGAAAAUAAAGACUGAAAUCAAUAAUAUCUUGCCUAUUGAGGCUAUUGAAAGGACAAGUUUGACGUUUGGUUAUGAUACGAAAAAUAAGUAUGAUAACGAUGAACUUGAUUUAACAAGAAAUUUCGAUAUGUUACAUUUGAAAAAUAAUGGUACAAUUCAUUUAGGGGCAACCCAUUGGCUAGCUAUUAUGAAAGGUGAUCCAUAUUUAAAGUUACUGUGGAGACAUAUAUUCACAAUGAGGGAAAAAUUAAAUGAAUGGUAUUCUAAAAAGAAAGAUUUCUCAAAAGAGCAAAUUAGUAGUGGCCAAUGUCCAAUUAAUCAUGGUUCGGCUAUCAAAAAUGAUUCAAAACUAAAAAUUGAACAAGCAAAAAUAAAUUCAAAGUUAAAUUUAGCCACUAGAAAAUUACUUCCAACUCAACCAGAUUUCCAUGCUGCUCAAAAAAAUAGAUAUUCUACUAAUAAAUGCCCAAUAGAUUAUGCAGCUUUAACACCCCCUGGAUACCAAGGAAUUCUACCAAAGGGAAUGCCAAAUAUUAAAAAAUGCCCCAUAGAUCAUUCGCAGUUUAAGAAAGGUAGCCCAGAUAAUGUUAUGCCAUCAAGAAAAUUAGAUGAAAAAAUAAUUGUAAAUAAAAGUAUCAAACCAAAAUCAGAGAAUGAUUCAUCUCUCCCAACGUUUAAUAGAUUGAAGUCUAAAUGUCCAGUUGAUCACAAUAGUUUUAUACAAAAAGAUAAGACACCUCCUGCUACAAUGGUGAGCGAUAUACCAUUAACACAAAGAGAUGUAAUGGAUAGAUUAUCAAUAUUGCUUCCUCCUGAAGAUAUAAUUCUUUUAUAUUUAGAUUUGUUUUUUGAUUGCAUGUAUCCUACAAUUCCUAUUUUGGAUGAGCAGAAUUUUAGAGCCCAGAUUGGUAGAAUUUUCUACAAUAUGCCAUCCGUAUCUCCCGAGUUAACAGAAUCAACUCGUUAUGGAACCAAAGUUAAACUUAGGUUUAGCAAAAGUGCAGAUUAUUGCAAUACAGGUAUACUCCUCAUCAUUUUAAGACUAGCAUGGCUUUCCUUGCCAUCCAAUUCAUGUAAAACAACGUUGGGCCAAGGAACAGGUUUAUCUCUUUCAUCACCAGUUAACACAUCAAGUGCUAAUAGAAUGAGAAUAAAUUCAAUUCUAAGUAAAUAUGAACCUUCUGUUGAAGCAAUUGAGUUAGUAAAGAAGCAUUUAAUUAAAUUCGAUGAACUCUCAAGCACAUCUAACAGUAAUGUUAGUUUAACGACAAUACAGUUUGCAAUAUUUUUCAAAUUAUAUUUGAUGUGCUGUGGAGAUCUUCCUGAAGUGAACUUAACUUCAUCCCCAAGCUUAGGAGCUGGUCAAGAUAAUGAAUCACAUCAGGUUUUAUUAUCCAGUAUUAUACAAAUGGCAUUCAGUUGCGGUCUACAUCGAGACCCCGAUAACUUCCCACAGUUAAAUACAUUUUCGAAUAGUGAUGACACAAAUGCCAUUUCAGCUGUAACAAAACAUAACUCAAAGCUAUUGAAGAAUGCACAAAAUUCGUCUGAAAGAUUUAAACAUGCCUGGAGAAAAACGUGGUACCAUAUUAUUUCUCUAGACGUACAGCAAUCAUUGUCACUUGGAACUCCCAGGAUUUUAAGGAAUUUAAAAGAUAUAAGUGAUACGAAGCUUCCAUCAUCAUCAAAGAUCGAUUACGUAAGUGAUAUUAAAGAGUUAAUUGUUGUAAAGAACUAUACACUAUUUUUCCAAAUAGAUCUUUGUAUAAUAGCAACAUUGAAUCAUAUUUUGAAUAUAUCUAUUGCGAAGAAUGUUCGGAAAUUUGAACUCGAUUUAUUGAUAUCCUCACUUCAAGGUUUAACUUAUGGAACCAGAAAUAUAUGUGAAGUAAUAAAUGAGCUAAUGAAAAAUGGAUUACUCUCUUCUGUUGAAGGGAAAGUUGAUCAACUAUCGGAUGAAAUUUAUACACUACCUUCGAUUGAUGAAAUCAUAUCUUUGAAUAAUUCAUCAAGUUCUGAAUCUGAACAGCAUAAAAGGAUCGAAUCUGGUCCAGAAUUUUCUUCAAAUGCACUUUUCCUUUCUAAACAUAUGACAAUUCGUAUGCUUUUAUAUCUUUUAAAUUAUAUUUUGUUUACUCAUUAUGAGCCUAUGGGUAAUGAGGAUCCUGGUACAAUUGUAUUGGCUAAGCAGUACGCCCAAGAAACACUUAAUUAUGCAAUGGAAGGAUAUAGAUAUUGUAUGCUGUUUUUUAAUACUGUAUCCUCAUCGAACAAGAACCAUUCUAUUUUUAAUAACAUGGACGUAAUUCUAGCUCCUUUGUUUUUGGAUAUCGGAAACAGGGCAAUACAAUUCAUUGUUUGUUUAAUCUUGAGAGCAAAGUGUGGUCCACUUACUGGUAUGGGGGAUACCACUAUUUUAGCAAAUAAUAAUACAAGCAAUUCGGAGAAUGAAUCUACUUCCUCUAUGGAUGAAGAGCACAAUUCUAAGACGAACGUAAGUAAUAAUAUUAAUGACAAAAUUGACAUUAAUGUUGGAGAUAGGUUAGCUGACAUGUUAACGGAUAGAAUGAUUUUAUUUAAUAAUUUAACUAAGGAAAUUUCUGGCAAAUUCCAAUAUGCAUCGAGGUUAACCAAAUCUACAGGAUUUUUUAUUUCACUGUUAAGCAAUCAAAAACCUGACUUAUCCAAGACGGACUUAAACUAUCGUGCAAACAAUAUUCCCACAAAAGCAGGCAUGUCAGGAUUUUUCAAAAAUAUGCCUUCUCUAAUAUUAUCUGGUGACAAAGAUAGUCUAAAGAGAUGUCCAGUAUAUCAAGAUGCACUUGGAUUUGUUAAUUUUAAACCUGGGUCUUUAAACAAUACCAUAUCUCCGUUACAACAAGAUCAGAAGCAAUUAAGUAUGGGUACUAAAUUACCUCCAAUCGUUGCUUAUAAACCUGUAACAUUUAGCAGGGAAACCACUCCAGUAAAUUCAUCUCCCGUCGAGUCUGAUCAUAAAAGAAGAAAGAUAUCUGUCGAACCUACUGUAGUUAACGAUUCAAAUGAAACAAUUGAUGGACCUCUUACUGUCGAUGCUACUUCUGAUGACAGAAAUAUAAAGGGGAAUCUGAAUAUGGAACCUUUACCUCCUUUGGAUAGCAUCGCUGGUGAUUUUUCAAUUUUACAAUCUGUAAACAGUACUGCUGCCAAUACCAAUGACGAUUCCAAUGGGGAAUUAAUUUUAGGUGGAGGCCUAGAUGCUAUUAACAAUCAGUUGUCAAGUGGUUUUGAAAAUAUUAUGGAUAGUAAUAUACAAAUAUCAAACCAAUUUGAAGAUUUUUUGCUGCAAAACUCAAAUUUCAAUGGUAUGAGAAUUAAUCCAAGUAGUAUUGUUGAGGCUGUUGGAAUGAAUUUAGAAAAUACAGAAAACAAUGGUGAAAUUGAUCCUGAUGACUUUUUGCCAAUUGAUAAUAUGGUUAUCGAAGGCUUGCCUGACUUUUUAGGAUCUGGCUUUACAUUAUGGGAAUAA